UGCAAGGACUGUGGACAUAGAUUUAGUUAUAAGGGUGGUUUAAACUCGCACAUCAGAAUCCACACUGCACAGAAACCAUUUGUAUGUGAGGUCUGUGGGCAUAAAUGUAGGGAGAAGAGUAGUUUAAACUCCCACAUGAGAGUCCACACUGGACAGAAACCGUUUGUAUGUGAGGUCUGUGGACAUAAAUGUAGGCAGAAGGGUAGUUUAAACUCACACAUGAGAGUCCACACAGGACAGAAACCGUUUGAGUGUAAAGAUUGUGGACAUAAAUUUAGUUGUAAGGGUAGUUUAAACUCACACAUGAGAGUCCACACUGCACAGAAACCAUUUGUAUGUGAGGUCUGUGGACAUAGAUGCAGGCAUAAGAGUAGUUUAAACUCACACAUGAGAGUCCACACUGCUCAGAAACCUUUUGUAUGUGAGGUCUGUGGACAUAAAUUUAGGCACAAGAGUAGUUUAAAGUCACACAUGAGAGUCCACACAGGAUAGAAACCAUUUGUAUGUGAGGACUGCGGACAUAGGUUUAGCCACAAGCGUAGUUUAAACAGACACAUGACAGUCCACACAGGAGAGAAAUUGCAAAUUUCAGCAGGUGAUUGUGUCCCGAUACCUGACUGACCAAGCAUGUAAACUUUUUUUUUUUUGCCAUUUAAACCUUUAGCAUUCUGAUCAGUCAGUGGGUAUUGUACAUUCUGAGGCCUUAUUUCUAACUGAGUCAUGAACUGAACUUGACCAAGUUUGAGCUUUUUUAUCAAUUGGUUUACAUCUGUAAGUCAAAAAGCUACACUUGAUGGCACUGUUUGAUUAAAGGAUCGAGUUGUUUAAGUACCUUCCUCACAGGAAGUUAACAAUGGGAUUAGCGUGUUAAAAAAUUAGGUCUUUUUUAAGAUUUCAAAKGUAGACAUACGUUUUCAACAUGGUACAAUGUCAGAGGCUUUACUAAACAUUAUACUGUGAUAUUGUAAAGGAAAAGAAAUGUUAUGAAGGUCAAAACAAUUUUCUAAAAACCCAGGACCUUCUUGAGGCUUACUGAGUCAUCACGCUUCCAAUAUAGUUUAAAUUAACCUUUUCCUGUAAAGCAUAAUGAAUUAAUCUUUUAUACAUGUAUUUUUGAGGACGUGGAAGAUGUUCGGAUAAUUGGAUUAAUGAUAGCAGGAUUUCUACUGAUUGGUGGAGGGGGCUAUCUUGCAUAGUGUGAAAUACGGAAAGUGUUGGCAGCUGUUCAAGCCCUGUUAUGGCUGCCUGCCUUGUGUGAUGGAAUUUGCUGUGCUGUCAGCACUCAGACUCAAGCACUGCUGAAGCAGAGUCGGAAGUUGGAUGCUGCUCUUGCUGAGGGUUGCAGAUUUACUGUGGCUUCUGAGCCAGCUGGCAGGAAUGUAUAGAUCUAGGUCUAGAUAGGCGAGGAUGACCAACAAAUUUGGCUGAUUGGAUUUUCGGCACAAGAGUUCUAGUGAGAYGUUAAGGCGACAAGUAAAUCUACAGAAGUCAGCCUGUUMCAAAACAAGUGUGUUUUUCYAAUUCUGCACCGCUACAUGGCCUUCAAGGCUGGAUAUCUCAAACUCUCCUGGAAGUAUGUCAACAGACAUUCAAAAUCUGAGGAUKCACUCGUGUACCCUCACUGGCCGAGGAUAUCCCAGGAUUCAAUGUGGGGGCAGCAAAUAAACAGAAACAAAGAUG